UUCGCGUUAAAACAAAAGACUCGCCUCCAGUACGCUCCGCCAAUCGCGCUACUAGGAUCGUGUAGCGCUCCUCCCACCCUGGAUAUGCUAUUGGCACAGGUUUAGGUCCGGCCGCCUGCUAUCCUCGCCUAGUGUGUUUGGUUACUAUGGAGAUAGCAGUACGCUGGCGCUCUGGGGGGCAGGAUGCUACACUUGCAACACUUUCCCUAAGCCACACAGAGCAUUAACUUCUGCUUUUCAGCGCCAACUUUCUGCUGCUGCAGCUGCCGUAUGUGGCCAUGCAAGCCCCUCUGAGACAGCUUUGACCUUGUGGCCUGGCUCCCUGGUGUGACCUUAGUAAAACAAUGGAAAUUGCUGCACACAACAUUCUGCCACCAACAUCUCAGCAACUGCAAGCAUAUGUUGCCUGGGUGAAUUCUCAGCUGAAAAAGAAGGUGGGGCUUAAUCCAGUGCAGGACUUAAGGCAGGACCUUCGAGAUGGUGUUGUUUUAGCACACCUUAUAGAAAUUGUAGCUGGGGAAAACUUAAGUGGGAUCCAUCUUCAGCCAAGCUCUGUACAGGAGAGGAGAGAAAAUGUGGAGAAAGUUCUGCAAUUUGUGGCUUCCAAGAAGAUCCGAAUGCACCAAACGUCAUCCAAGGAUAUCGUGGAUGGGAAUCUGAAAUCCAUCAUGAGACUUAUCCUUACACUAGCAGCUCAUUUUAAACCUGUCUCUGGAAGAUAUACAAAUCACAAUGUGGUGGGAGGGACAGGGAAAAGCCAGUCGGCUUCUUUGGACAACCACAGGCCCCAUUCCACUGCUGCAAUGGCUCAGGGUGCAGCUGCUGCUCUUGCAGAGGUUCGGCAGGACAUGUCACGAUCUGGCCGGGAUAUUUUUCGCUACAGGCAAAGGAACAGCAGUUUUGAAGAAGAGAUUGGAAACCCAUACUGGAGUGUGAGGGCAAUGGUGAAGCAGUAUGAAGGGAAUUCUUCACCAGAGACAUUAAGCCUCGCAUCACCAAGUCCAGUACACAGUGCAAAAUCAGAGGUCAAUGAAACUGCAUGUGACGAGAAGGAACUUGCUGUCAUUCAGUCGGAAGAAAGCAUUGCUAAGCGAGAAGAUUCUCCUUUGUGCCAUGCUGACCUUCAGUGUACGAGCCCUGUCAUUUACCCUGAGUCAUCAUGGGAGGACCGUCUCCUGGAGCAACAGGACCAUUUAGAAAAAGAGAUGGAAGAAGCCAAGAAAAUGAUAUCUGGUUUACAGGCGCUGCUAUUAAAUGGAUCCCUCCCUGAGGACGAACAACAGAGCUUGUUCACUUUGCGAGAAGAUGGGGCGUGCCCAGAAGAACAACUGGUCAUCAUCAAAAGUCGUUUGGAUCAAAGUAUGAGUGAAAAUCAGUCACUAAAGAAUGAACUUUUGAACUAUAAACAGGAAAACAGAAAUUUGCAGGGAAUAAAGGAUGCACUGCAGCAGAGAAUGGCUCACCAGGAAAGCUCUGUGCUCCAACUGAAACAGGAGUUACUGCGAGCUAACAUGGACAAGGAUGAGCUGCAAAGCCAGAAUGUGGAUUUGCAAAGAAAAAUGGAAGAGAGGAGCCAGUUAGCUGCAGAGUAUAAGAAAGAAUUAACCCAGAAGGAAUGGCUUAUACAGCAGUUGCAAGGGAAGCUUGAUGAGUCUCAUCGGAAGCUUUCUGAAGCCAACUAUCAAAAGACUGAUCUUCAGAAGGAGUUAGAUCACCGGAAGGCUCUUCUUCAGCAGUACAUGAAUGGAGAGGAUGACCAGGUCAGUGACUACAUGAGCCACCCUGCUCAGACCAAUGGCUUUAUGCAGUCUGCAGGCAAAGUGCCCUCACGUGAACCUGCCCAGCAAAGAACAGCUAACGACUUGCAGUUGGUGCGGGAUGCACUGCGUAGCCUGCGAAACAGUUUUAGUGGCCAUGACCCUCAGCACCACACAAUAGAUAGCCUGGAACAGGGUAUCUCAAGUCUAAUGGACAGACUUCAUGCCAUAGAGACGCAGAGGAGGCAUGACAGGAAGGCUCGGAGUAAGAUGCAAGGAAGUAAAGGAAUCAAUGAAUACAGGGAUUCAUGGCCUCCUAAUACCACAAUGCCACAUUCACAGAGUACCCCAGUCAUGGGCAACAGCAACUCAUCCACCAAAGUGCUGUACUUUACUGACCGCUCUCUGACACCCUUUAUGGUCACCAUACCAAAGAGGUUAGGAGAGGUGACACUGAGGGACUUCAGGGCAGCCAUUGGCCGAGAGGGAAGUCACAGAUACCACUUCAAGGCUUUGGAUCCUGAAUUUGGAACAGUAAAAGAAGAGGUAUUUCAUGAUGAUGAUAUCAUUCCAGGCUGGGAAGGUAAAAUUGUAGCCUGGGUGGAAGAAGAUCACGGAAACAUCUGACAUUGAUCAUUUGGGAGUAGAAUGAGCAACUCCAUGAUACGGGUCUGGAUAAUUUAUCAUGCUGCCAAAUGUGGAUUCUGCAGGCACCAAAAACAAUGAACUAAGCUGAUACACAGUUCCUGCUGAAGGGAACAAGAUCCUAACUAGUUGCUGUCGAUGCUUUUAUUGCAUCAAACUGGACAACGGACGUUUGGGAUAGCUGAACUGACAUUAUUUCAUAAGAUUUAUGUGGUCCAUGCCUUGUGGAUACCAGCAGCCUUAUAAUGUAUGAAUUUGUGAUGGAGAGUAUUCAGUAUUUUUAUAAAGGAUACAGUGCGGUAAAUUUAGUCUUGCAGCUACAGCAGGACAAUAUGUAAUUGGCCCCUUCAGGUUACACAAUUCAUAGACAGGUUUGAUAUAAUUGUGCUUUAAUAACAGCAUGCUAGUUGCCAUCUAAAGAAGCAGACUGCAUUCUAAAUCUGCAUUCUGAAUCUACAGCAUAGGCAACUCAGAUGCCCAGAACAUUACUGCUGUAGAAUUAAAUCUAUGGUAAAAUGGUUAAACCUGUGCCCCUACAUCUCACAGAAUAUGAUGUUGUGGAGUGUUGGGGGUAUAGUUUAAUUUUAACCAUAUACAUAUUGGAGGUCACAGAUAUAAAAAAAAUAAUAUGAUUAAUUUAGGCAUUUUGUAUUUACAGCCAACCACAGCCCAUAUUGAUGUAUUGGAAAUGCUAUGGUCAAAGGCAGACCUCUACUUAGAAAAGGGCUCUGUGAUCCAUAUACUCACAUAGCAUUUUUAAUUACAACUGAAAAAGAAGGCUAAUAAUCUUACAAAAUUUAACAAAAUAAAUUCAUUUAUAACAUAAUAAAAGUUACCUCAAAAGCAAUUGAGUUCCAAAGAGUUUAACUGCUAGUAAACUGAUUAAGCCUAUACUUUAAAGUCAAAGGAAUAUAAAACAAAUUGUCCAUAAUUGCUGGAUUACGCUGUGCAAACUUCAGCAGUAUUUCUCAUGUCUUACGCCCCCCCUAGUGAUAAGAUUUGCUACGAGUAUGAAUACAAUGAUGAAUUACUUUGCACUGCACCACUGCUAGGAACUAGUAUUAAGUGAAUGGUUCCCUAUGGGGCGCUAUUCCCCUUACACACCAGCACUUGUGCCUAUCUGAUGGUUAAUAAGCCCUAAUUUUCAGCUCCAUUGUAUUCUGUUUCUACAACUUCCCUUUCAUAUUAUAUAGAUGCAGUUUCAGUUGAUACAGAUUCUUCAAGUUCAGGAAGAUCUGGAUUCAUCUGCAACCAAACCCUGAUUUUAUUGUAAUUACAUUUGUUGGACUCCAGAGCUGUAAGGUCUUGAUAAUAAGUUAUGUGGCUCAAUAUUAAAUAUGCAGUUAAUACUACAUAUUGCCGUUGGCACAAUUCUAACUCUGUAGAUUCUGGGGCUUCUAAAUUUCUGUCUUUUUGAAUAUUGGCUGCAGUAACCUAAACGCUGUUAACUGAAAUCUCUUAGUCCUUUCCUUCUGCUUUUAUGCAAACUACCUCUCUUAUCUGCUGCUUAUGCACCAUAAAAACAUUUGCCCAAAUCCUCACUUCACUCCUACAUUACUCAUCAGUGCUCCAGCCCACAAUCAGCAGCUCGUUGUUAUCCCUCCUUAUCAUAACUAACGUAACCUUCUUUUGAACUGAACGCUUACUUUUGUUUUCCAUAAGUUCUCUGGCACACGCGGGCGACUAAUCUCCCCGAAAUGCCAAAAUGUAAAUCGCAGGUGGGAUGGCAUACGCGGCGGAAGUUGCCUUUAGAGGGAAUCCCACCGGCAUUUACAUUUUCGCCGAUGGGAUGGCAUUUCAGGGAGAUUAUUUGCCCGCGAACAGGGAGAUUUGUCACGGGCAACUAAUCUCCACGUGUGCCAGAGCCCUAAGGUGACCAUACAUUGGUUGUAGGAAAGAUUGUUCGUCUACUCUACUAACAUUAAGAGCUGAAUCAUCAGAUAUGCAGGUAAAAACAAAGGAAUUCUUUAUUCCUAUCUCACGAUUCAGCAUUAAAGUUAUGAUGUUUGUACACCUUCAAAGGCGCCCGAUCAAAAUUUUCAGUCCUGCCUGAUCGACGAGAUGACUGAUAUCAAAGGCUUUUACUUAUAUCAGUUACCUUAUCUUCCACCAUACACACACUAAUUAUCAUAUAAAUAAUAUCGAUGGAUGUAUGGCCACCUUUACAGAGGCUCCAUGGAACACUGACAUUGCUUCUUUUAAUGACCCCUGCAGUCACAUUCCAUAACAUUCUCGGAUUUUUACAAAAAGAGCUUACUGUAUAUUCAUUCCCAAACCAUGCGCUGACAACACAAAAAGCCUUGCAUGUGUAAACAUUAUCAUAUCAUCAAUAUAUCAUGUAAGGCUCAUUGAGCCUUAUUUAAAGCAAUUUAAAUUUCUUUAAAGGGUUUAUUAUUAUGGGCUAAAGUGUUAGUUUGCCUUAACCUUGAAUAUAUAUAUUUAUUCUUAGUUUAGUUUUAGAGAUGAGACAGCAGGAAAAAAUCUGCAAUAUUCCACUGAAAAUUAUGAGAUGGUACUUUAUUUUCACAUUAUCUCUAGUAGAAACUUUUCUUCUAUGCCUUUUAGAAUGAAAAUGGCAAUUUAAAAUAAAACUAUAAAGGUACAAAUAAGCUCUUGUUAAAAUGUAUACUUUACAUAGUCUAAUGCUAAGGACACACGUGGCAAAUCCUCUGCUGUGAGAGAAAGUCCAGUGCCUCUUCCACCUGCAUUUCACUAUACUUGCAUCUACCUGUCGCUGCCCACUUUUUGCGCAGUGCGGCUUUUGAACCAAAAAUGCUUGUGUGUAUUUUGUGGGUCAAAAUAUUGCCCAUGUGUGCAGUGACAGAUGGAGACAGGUGGGCGGAGGAUCUGCCACAUGUUCCUUUAGCAUGAACGGUUUAUCAUGUUUAUAUGUGUACUCACAUUCAGGUAUGCUUUUCCCUGUUUCUCUGCAUUCUGAUGUUAGCCUCAUAGCUUCACAAAUGUCAGCACUUUUCAGUAAAAUGUUUCACUCCUAAUUGUGCCCAAAGUCACUAAGAAUGCACACUGUGUUUUAUAGGAAUAAACACCCAGAGUAGUAUAUUGGUGCAUUCCAUUAGGAAAUGUUUUUCAAAAAUCUGCUAUUUAUAAGUUAUGAAGAGAUCCUUUAUGGUAAUCAGUCCUAAAACUGCUGUUCCACAAAACGGGUUACUGUAGUUUUCUAUAGCUGACAAACUCUUUCAAACAAUAGAAUGUGCUCCUAGCUGAAUUGUUAUCAGAUCCAUAAAUUCAUGGAUAGUGCUUUAUGUUCACUUUGAAACUGAUGCCAUUUAACUGCCUUGUGUUCUUGUACCUCAUAGAAAAACACAUUAAGGGCUCUGGCACACGGGGAGAUUAGUCGCCCGCAACAAAUCUCCCAUGUCGCGGGCGACUAAUCUAACCGAAAUGCCAUCCCACCAGUGAGAAUGUAAAUCACCGGUGGAAUGGCAUACGCGGCACCGAUUGAGGCAAGUUCGUCGAUUUUGGCAAGUUGCCGGCGCCCCGUAUGUCAUAUAGGGGAGAUUAGUCGCCCGCGACAAGGGAGAUUUGUUGCAGGCGUAUAAUCUCCCUGUGUGCCACAGCCCUUAAACAUUGUUAUCAGAUAUGGCUAUACAGCUGGAGGCUUGUAGGUUAGGUGUAGCCUUCCAAGUAACUAUAAUCCCAAUAAAACGUCUUUAUAUGGCAUCUGAGCAAUGAAUAUGUUAUAUAUGGGAUCACUGGUCCACUGCAUGGAAAAAGUUGGACAGUGCUCUUUAAAAUGAUUACAAAUAGAAGGGGAUCAAGCAUUGUGUUAUAUGGAGAUUUUAUACAUAAAAUUUGUCUGCACUUCUGAAAUGUGUCUGUCUGUCAAAGGUGUAUAAUAUAGCAAGGACAAACAAACACUGGGUAAAAAAUCCACACCUUAUUCUGUACGUAAGUUGUAUACACAAUUACAGUUCAUUGUAUGAAUGCUUCUUUUUUGCAAUGAUUUGUAUACCUCUGGCUGGAAACAGAAUCAUUUUUUAUUUUUUGUGACGUGUCCUAUUUGUACAACAAUGUAAUUAUUUAAACAGACUCUUGUUUUUUUUUAGAUUUGUGCCUAUUUUUACACUGGUACACAUAUUUCUAUUGUCGGAUUCAUCUCACAUGAAAAUAUCAGAAUAUUGUUUUGGUGGUUCCUAUGCUAUGCGUAAACAAGGCUUCAAGUUCGUAUUGAAAAAAGUUUGUUUAUUUUAGUAUUUAAAAAAAAUUGGUUCUAAUCUAACAAUUGUACAUACAGAAUAUAUGUUUUGUGGCCUAUCCUGUGUACAUAAACAGUGAUGCACAUGUUA